AUGGACCUCACCUCGCCGUCCAGAUCCUCCCUCAAACGAGCAUGCGACAACUGUCGACGGCGCAAGGUUAAAUGUUCGCGGGGGAUGCCUUGCGACAAGUGCCAGCGCUUGCUUCUGUCUUGCUCCUAUAGGGAUAUCCUGUGUCGUAACAGACUGAAGUUUCGAACGCUUUAUCCCCUGGACCCCGUAGCCCCGCCCUCAGCCCAAAAUGAUCCGCCUCAAGCACAGUUCUACGCCGACAAGGAGAGCUUUCCCAAUCCCCCGGCUUUUGAAAGGAGCUCAGAAACGCCGUCGAUUUUCCUGAUCACCGAUACGCAACAUUCGCCGCACGACAUUUCGAGCACCCUCUCUCGACUUCGGUCGGCAUCAACCAGUUCUUCAGUAGAAGCAGCAAAUGGCCGGGGCCAGUCACGUUCACACGUGUGCCGUCUCUCCCCGCAGAUCCUGUUGGCACACGUCAAUGUUUAUUUGAAAUACUUAUUCCCUAUUAUGCCGGUGAUGCGCCGAGAGCAGUUGUACUUGGAUAGUCAACAGCCGGAACUACUGUCCCCACAGCGAUACACCUUCUUAGCUUCACUAUGUGUGGCCGCACAUUUUCAGCUGAAGCUAGAUAGAGACGCUCUAGUCCCAGAUGCAGCUCGGCGGCAGAACUUGGGUAAUAGCCACUUACAGAUCUCCGCAGAGAAGCUGUUGUCCGAAGCUGUGCGGGCACGGCAAAAAUGCGAUAUCGCGGAGGAUAUUAGCACUGAGGCGCUUUUAACUUCAUUCUUCCUUUUUGUAUCUUACAGAAACCUUAACAAGCAAAGGCACGCAUGGUAUUAUCUGCGCCAAGCUACAUCGAUGGCAUUCACACUGGGCCUGCAUCGAGAAUCCACUUAUGCAGAGUUAAAUGAGGAGGAAGCCGAGGAGAGGCGGCGAGUGUUCUGGCUGCUAGACUACGCUUUGCAGCAUUUCAAGCCGGUCUUUCUCAGCAGCUCUAUCAGCAAACAACAGGUUCUCUGCUCUGAAGAUCCAAAUUUGACGUACGGCUUCACCAGUCAGAUCCAUAACUUCGAGAAACUUACUGCGAACAUCUACGACUGGAUUUCUGCUGGCGGAGGAGAUGGACCCUUUGAAAGACUACCAAUAUCUGACAUUCAGUUAAGUCUUUGCAAGAAGAUCUCACUUCAUGGGGUCUUAGAAAUUCAACAGGUUGAAAUCCUCAUCACACAGCAGUGGUUGCAAGAGAUGAUGUGGAAAUUAUCUGUUAUCUAUGCAACGCGCCCUGGUGCUUGUGAUGAUAGGAUACUACCUUUUCACCUGCCAGUGCUAGUGGGUAAAGUUAUCAUGGGCGUAAUAAGUUCGGCAUCACAAGGCGCAGUGGAUGCCCAAGGAAUUGGAAUUGAGCAAAAACUCUUGGACCUCGGUACCUCCGUCGUCGAAGUCACACGGUCUCUGAGACCAAAAGCUCUUCAACGGCUUGUCGAGUCAGUCAUUGACCCCCGAGAGCUUCUUUGGGGCAUCCACCACACGCUGUCACAAUUUCGAGGCUCGCCAUCACACCUUCUUCCACUACUUUUAGAACGCUGCAGGACAUUGCUUGGCCUGGACUGCACAAUAACCAUUAACAAUUUCCUGCCCACUCUUAACGCAACGCUGUCCGACCAGGCAAGAUCGUGGCCUGAACAACACGGUUGGAGAUUUCUCGUCCCGUGUCGGAAUGUCCCACGAGAUGUGCGAGUGGAAAAUCAGCAGCAUGGACAAGGGGCCUGCUCAUCUACCUGCAAUCGUGCGAAGAAUGAGUUUGCAUUUUAG